AGCAAACAAAGAGGGCAGAGAAAGAGGCAGCGCAAGCAGAAACGUCUGAUAGCUAGAAAAAAAAGUUUCAAACGCUGAAUAUAGGCACAAUUCAAAACACUCUCAGCGUAAGGUGUUACUUUAUCGCAAAACGUGGCCCUAAAGUGCCCAUUAUUCCUCGUGUCAGUGAAAAGUGAGUUCGUUUCUGCGCUGUUUUUGUAAGUGCAGGUAUCAGCUAGCCGUGAAAUCAUAAUGAACCCUAGUGUGAUUUCAUAGCUCUUCGGACACAAAUAUGACAACUUCUGUUAGUUGACAGUGUAUUCAAGGCUCGGCAGGUAUGGCAGUUGGUGGCCACAUGUGAUCAGCUAUGUUUAAGUGUUCACAAUCAUCUCCCUCAUCCCAGGAACAUCACGCAUAAUCCCCCUCUAAAUUAUUAAGGGGGAUCUUUCAGAAUGAAGAAGAUAAGUCUGAAGACAAUAAGGAAGUCGUUUAACAUUAAAGGCAAAGAAGAGAGUGAAUAUGCCGUAUCGCAGCCAGACCUGGCAGCCAGUUUCUCUGCUGAAGAUUCUCUCUUUGGAGGGUGCUACAGCAAAGAUCUCGUCAGCAGCGACCUGGAUAAUGAGGACGAAAAAAGAUCCAAAGUCCGAUCUAAGAGUGAGAGUCUCAUGGGCACCCUGAAAAGAAGACUAUCAGCAAAACAGAAACCAAAGGUCAAAGGUGGUUCUUCAUCUGUAUGCUCUAUAGAUGACGACACCUUCUCCUCCUCUUCAGCACCCAUUACUCUCAGUGACUUAAAAUCCCAGCGUUCCUCCCGGUCCACAUCCGUCCAUAGUCAUCAUUACAGUCCCACCCCGUGGCCUCUUAGACCAGUUAACUCUGAGGAGACAUGCAUCAAAAUGGACGUUAAAGCGUUAAUGAACUCCUCAGAUCCAAGUCCGACUCUCAACAGUGUCCACCAAGACUUCCUGGACCUCCAGAGAGAAUUUGGAGAGUCAAGUGAUUCAUUCAGAAUCACCACACGUGUGCCAGACCACCAUUCCGCCACUCAAAAUGGCGAUUUGCACCUUGAUAUGGAUGAACAUGUGCCUGUAGUCCUUGGUCUUGCAGCUCAGGAUUAUAUUCAGUACACAAUGCCUUUAGAUGAUGGACUCUAUCCUGAUGAUGAAGGUUCCCGCUCUUUUUGCUUGGAUGCCACCACGCCCAUGGACAUCGUUCCGCAGUCAGAGGGAUGUGGAUCUCUUCAUCCAGAUGAAGAACCCAUUGACCAGGACCUCCUGUCACCUGAUAUUUUCAUGGAGUCCUCAUCGGUGAACCAACUUUUUUUAAACACUGCAAAUGUCUUGCUGCAGGGCUCCAGACUCGAAGCCCCACUUUCCCCUUUGCUACCUCCGUUACCCGAUAGUUACCUCCAGAGAAGCUUCUCUGGGUUUGCUGGUACACACGCUCAGGUUGCAGAGAGAGUCAUGCAGCAUCUCAACUUUGACCCCAACUCGGCUCCAGGAGUGCAGCGGGUCUAUGAUGCUGUGCAGAACAGUGGGCCUAUGGUGGUUACCAGUCUCACGGCUGAGCUGAAGAAACUUGCCAAGCAGGGUUGGUAUUGGGGUCCCAUCACCAGAUGGGAGGCUGAAGAAAAGCUGACAAAUCUUCCAGAUGGUUCUUUUUUAGUCCGCGACAGCUCUGAUGAUCGAUAUCUCCUUAGCUUAAGCUUUCGCUCGCAGACCAAGACGCUCCAUACUCGAAUCGAGCACUCAAAUGGCAGUUUCAGCUUCUAUGAGCAACCUGACAUUGAAGGCCACGUAUCCAUUGUGGAUCUCAUUGAUAAUUCGGUCAAGGAUUCGGAAAACGGAGCAUUUUGCUAUUCCAGAUCUCGCUUACCAGGGUCCGCCACCUACCCCGUUAGACUGACCAAUCCUGUUUCAAGGUUUAUGCAAGUGCGCUCGCUGCAGUACUUGUGCCGAUUUGUUAUCCGUCAGUACACACGGAUAGAUCUGAUCCAGAAAUUGCCUUUACCGAACAAAAUGAAAGAUUACCUGCAGGAAAAGCACUACUGAACGCUGUAUCCUGUAUCGGUUGCUACUUGCACUUUUUUGGAGGACACAACAAAGCAGGUUUUGCGAACAUUUCAAGAGUUUUGUUACCAUUCAGUUAUGUGUUUUGUUGAAAGAAAAGAUGGUGUUUGUAGGUCUGGUCUGGUGUAGAGUAGAUAAUUCAGUGGUUUGUGAAGAGACGCAGUGCCAGAAUGUCGUUAAGAGUGUUUGGAUCUCAGUGUUGGAGCAUUUUUCGCAUGUUCUCUGUGUACUGUAGCAUUUUAUUUCUGUUACAGUCAAAGACAGUCCAGUAUUUUCAGCAUAUUCCACAGUAUGAAAUAUCAGCACACAACUCCAAGCUCCAGCUUACUGUAGGGCAUUUAGAGUUUCUUGGCAACAAUGCACAGUGGUCUAGAUGCCUUAAUAAUGGCCGCACGUUGGUGAAUGCGUAGAUUACAUUCCUCCUCGCCGCUUUUUGGAACACAACUUCUGUCGUACUAGCCAUUGUUAUGUCAUGACCUUAUUCAAAGGGAAAAUGUACUACAUGAAAUGCCAAAUGAUGUCCUAUCACCCUUCUGUGGAGUUCCUCUAAUAAGCUAUAUUAGCUGCUCAUAUACAUGUCUGAUCAUAUUCUCACCCCUUGUGUUUUGCAUUCUUUAGCACACGUGAUGCCAAGGUUAGGUGCCUCGCUGGAACUCGUCUUUGCUGUAGUUAAUUGAUUUUGGACUGUAUGAUUUGUUGUGUAUAACAGUCAUCUUUUAACAGGCAUGCAGUUGCGUUGUAAGCACAUCUGGUCUUUCUCCCUUGCAUUGCAUUUUAAGUGUUCAUUAGAAUUGUUUAUCACUGUUUGAAACAGAACGUUUUCCUGUAAUGGACUAUGUCAAUGGUACAGUUUAAAAUCAUCUCUUUUUGGGAACAGAAUUUGCUUACUGAUAUGUUGAAACUUGAACUUGUUCUUUAGUUCAAAAUAAAAGUUUUAUAUGAUUAA